AUGAAUAUUAUUUUAUCCUUAUUGCUUCUAAAUUACUUUUUUGUAAUAAAAACCUAUUCAUGUAGUGAUCCAUGUAUUUGCUAACAAUAUAAAAUUCAGCGUUUUCGAUCAAAAAUAAGAGGAUAUUAUUAAAAUGUUUUAUAAGAAUAAAAAGGAGCAUUGCUUUUAAAUAGAUAUCAAAUAAGUUUUCCAGGAAAUUAGUUUAACCGAAGUCCAUUAAGAUCUGAAGUAUAUUUAGUAGAUGGAUCAAAAGGAUAUACUACUUAAAUGAUAGGUGUAUAUAUGAUAAUUGAUUUGCUCUAAACCUAUGAAAUAAAUACAAUAAUAUUUUGGGUCUAUGAUAGAGAUUCAUAUUUGAGAACCUUUGAUUUAAAAAUCUAUAUAUUAGGCUUAGGAGGAUCUAAAGAAUUAAUUUAUGAAAACACUGCUGCCACAUCAAUUGUGAAAGUCAAAUUUUCAAAUUCUUUUGUAAAAUAAAUUCUAUUUUAUAAUAAUAAUGGUAGUUCAUUAAAUGUUUAUUUGCAUAUAUUGAAUUUAUAAGCCUAUUUUGAAUUAUGA